GGCUGAUAUACAGUAUGUCAGUAGACAUGUAUCUUUUGAAGGGGGCUCAUAUUUCACUACAUAUUUUCAUUUUGGACUCAUUUAGGAUAAAAACUAGGGUUUUUAUCAGUCUGGUCAUAUUUUUUGUACCAGGUCCGAUACUGGUAUCUGUGAUCAAAACCGGAAGUAUAUUAUUCUGACAGGACAAGUUUUGACUGCCGUUUUGACUGUUAUAAAAUUGUUACAAGGUCAAAGUUUGCGGACUAUAUAUAUAUUAGUAAUCUGUGUUCCAUGAUAAACACGACAUAACUCAUAUGACUGAUAAAAUGAACACGGGAUUUUAUCAUUUACAUGUAUUUGGUAUUAAAUCAGUACACCAGUGAAAUUUACUUUCGGUUUGCAAGGUAGCGGACAUUUAGCAGUUUAAGAUGAGAUAUUUAUCAGUAUUUUUCCUUUCCUUGGUUGUAUACAACUGCUAUGCGGACACACCUGCUAAUUGUACAUAUGAGGAUAUCAGAGGGACAUGGAUCUUCUCUUAUACACAGAUUGGAGGCGAUAACAAGAUCAACUGUAGCACGGAGACAGACUAUAAAUCCUCUAUUAAACUUACUCUUGAUUUCCCGGACUUUGCCGUGGACCAGUAUGGAAACACGGGGUAUUGGACAUUAAUAUAUAACCAAGGUUUUGAAGUUGUUAUUGGCGGGAAAAAGUGGUUCGCAUUUUCCUAUUACAAGAAGGAUGGUUCUACGGUAGAAAGUAUGUGUCAUCUAACAUUCCCCGGCUGGGUACAUAACACAGACGGUCGGUUUUGGGACUGUUAUACUGGUGAGAAACAAAUGACUACAGCCAUUCCAAAAGUAAACUUUGACGACAACAGUCCCAAACCGCCGAUAUUCAGGAAUUCGGAAACAUAUAUAUCAGCAAUUAAUGCAAACCAGACGAAAUGGAAGGCAACAAACUAUAAAAUGUUUGAAGGCAUGAAAGUAGCAGACGUGAUUCGAAUGGCGGGAGGGAAAAGAUCAGCUAAAGCAUUUCCAAGAUGUGCCCCAGUUAAAAAAGAACAUCGGAAAAUGUUGAAUAGUCUUCCAGCGCAAUUUGAUUGGAGGGACAGAAAUGGCGUUAAUUACGUUUCACCUGUGAGAAAUCAAGGGUCUUGUGGUAGUUGUUACGCAUUCGGGUCAAUGGCGCUGUAUGAGUCCCGUCUCCGUAUUGCUACUAAUAACACGCUACAAAAAGUUUUUUCCACACAGGAUAUAGUGAGCUGUUCACAGUACUCACAGGGUUGUGACGGAGGCUUUCCAUACCUCAUUGCUGGGAAAUAUGGACAAGAUUUUGGCAUAAUUGAGGAUGAGUGUUUCAAAUACACCGCAAAAGACACGCCAUGCAGGCUGACAUCUUGUAGACGCUACUUCACACGUGACUAUUACUACGUGGGUGGCUUCUAUGGCGCGUGCAACGAGCCACUAAUGAGGGCGGAGAUUGUUAAAAAUGGACCAAUCGCUAUAAGCUUCCAAGUGUAUAACGAUUUUGUCCAUUACAAGAGUGGUAUUUAUCACCAUGUUGAUGUUGGUUACAAGUUUAACCCGUGGGAGAUCACAAAUCACGUGGUACUUAUUGUAGGCUACGGUGAAGACCAAGGGACGCCGUACUGGAUCGUGAAAAAUUCCUGGGGUACAGAAUGGGGUGAGGAUGGCUACUUUAGAAUACGCCGUGGAAACGAUGAAUGUAGCAUUGAAAGCAUGGCGGUUGGAAUAGAAGUUGAUCCAAUGAUGUGAUCUAUUCGUACAAAAACAGUUUUGAAAUUGACAUUCUCUUGUUUUACUGUGAUAGUUGUAUUUCAAGUAAAGUUUAUACUUGUAAAUAUAAAGUUGUCCUCUAGCUGGAACAAAGAAAUGUGCUUUCACAAAAAUGCUUUGAAAGAGUGAGACUGUCAAGCUAAACUAGUAUUUGUUUUAUGGUAAAUGUUGGCAUUCAGUAGAUUCUAUUUGCUUCCGAAAUUUUCGACAUAAAAAGGAAAUUUAUUCGA